CUUGCCGAUGCAGUCAGUAUAAACUACCUAGCUAAUACUUGGAUAUUCGAUGAAAAGCAGCAAUGGCAAGAUAAUUCCAUUGCGCUCAGGUCACUCCCCGCGCUUGCAGACUAGAAGAAACAUUGACGCAAGCUUAGCCCACCUAAACCAUCCCUUCAGGAUUCCUCCGUCCCAACCCGUUCAGAAGUCACGAUUGAUUGGUGCCUCUCAACCACCCCCGGUUGAUCCCAUCUGCACCCCCCGCACUACCGGCCCUGCUACAGCUGGCAUGUCUGCCAAUCUUGACUGGUUGGGGGAGAGAGGGGAGGGGAAGGUCGCAUUGCUACCCUUCGUCAGACUCGGCGAGGAAUUUGACAACUCAGAGUCAGACUCAGACCAGAUCCCACGAUCGAUCGAACCGAACAAGAGGGGGAGUGAGUCUUUCCGAUCAUCCCAUCGGUUGAAAUUAUUCUUUCCUUUUCUCUUUUUCCCUGUGGAAGUCCUACAACCGCUUAGGGGAAAUACAAUGGACCAAGAUAUAUAUGUUGUGUCUCAAAAUGAUGACAACAAGGAAUCCGGGGAGGGUAAUCAUCAUGAUUGAUGAUUGUCCCCCGCCCCUGCUCCAGCAAUGAAUUCUGCCUUCCGGAUAUUUCGAUAUAACAGUAAUGACAAAGAGCCUCCCAGAUGCAUGAAAAUCAUGUAUGCCCAAUGAACCCCCCUUCCCCCCGACAGUAACCCCAAAACAAAAGACAGACAGUGCCAACCCCCAUGCUUUUGUCACAGAUGCAUCCGGUCUAUAUACUGCGCCAUGACAACCCAAUCUUGAAAUCAUGAUCUAAAACAUAAGGAUAGAAAGAGAAGUUCAUCGCGAGAAUGAGCCAAAAAAGAAAAGGAAAACAGAAAA